GGGGUGUGUCCGUGUCGCUCAGUCAGGAAGACAACCGCCGCGACGUAAAGAGUCCGCUGUUAAAUCGUUAUAACUUGUCAAAAUUUGGCGACACUUUUAAAACCGUCGGGAGCUGCAUUGGGAAGCAUGGGUUUGUUUGAGAACUGCGCUGUGCUUUUGGAGCUGAAGAACCUGCCCUUUAAGCAGAAGCAGAAGCUGAAGUCUGCUGUAACUGAGAAUGGGGGCAACAUCUCUUAUGUGGUUAAUGAGCAGUGUUCCUUUAUAGUGGCCAGUGGUGUGGCCAGUCUGAGCUCCAACAGGCUGCGUAGUGCCCAGAAAUACCAGACCCCUGUGGUGGGGGUGGACUACAUCUAUCACUGUCUGGAGAGAGGCGUCAUCCUGCCCUCGGAGGAGUACAAGCUGGACGCUUCUCCUCUGCCUCCCCCUUAUCAUCCUCCUCCCUCUGCAUCCUCCACCUUCCCCUCCCCUCCUCUCCCACUCUCGUCACCAAGGCCGGGCCCAAUCUCACAGAAAGUGUUCGUGGUGCCAACAAACAAAUCUGUUACCAGUCUCUCCAGUGACCAGCCCAGGACUCUCAACCCCGAAUGCCAGACAGAGGAGGGUGGCAAUCGGGAGGGUUCUGGAAAGUUACUGGGAAAGUUCAGGGUAUAUACUGAAAAUGACAAUGAUCUUCCUACUUAUCCGGACAAUUUUCAAGUGGCCAAGUACUCCAUCUUUGAAAAGGUUAACAGUUGUAACUGGUAUGUGCUGGAGCUGCAGAGUUCCAGAGGAGAGGGAGGGCAACAGUACCGUGUGGUCAAGUACUGUAAGGACAAUAAAGGAGUCAAGUCACGGGCAGUGAGAGAUAAGCUGGUGUUCCUCUCCACCUCAGAGGAGGCCGUGGACGUGUUUCAGGCCCUGAAGAAGGAGCUGCAGCAGCUCAAAGGUCUCAAGCAGAGGCGCAGUCUCCCUCCACAGGCUCAGGAUAUGAGCUCUGCUGCACUCAAACAGCUGCUGUUGGAGGAGUCGAUGUAUACAGGAAGUCUGUCACAGGAAAUGGGCAUGUUCGUGGAGCUGCUUUGGACAGAGGCGCUGGGUUGCCUCAGCAACAUCCUCAGUGUUCCAAUCACCAAUCUCAGCCUCAACGAUGUGAGCCGGGCUGAGGGCUUGCUGCUCCAUGCUCAAAGGAAGCUGAGGGAGGCCAGACACACUGAGGCGACUUCUCUCUUGGAAGAGGUUUACACCCUCCUACCCCACAUACAGCCCUGCCCACCAGCCAACUCCAAGCUGAUCUCACAGAAACUAGACCUCUCUCAGCUGAUCAGAGAUGUCCUGAAUGUAAGUGAGAUGACUUCUCAAAGCGCCUCCCCUUCCUGCCUGGGGAAGUACCGCGCCCUGAGGUGCAGCAUUGAAAGGGUUCCUUUUGACUCCACUGAGUUCCAGGCUGUGAACAGUCUGCUGCAGGACAGGGUGGUGCAUAUCAGGCAGAUACUGCGUGUCAGCAGAGGGGCAGAGCUACAGAUGUUUGGAAAAGAGCUCGGCAACAUCAAGACCCUCCUCCACUCUUCAAGGCCCAGCAGUUUUGUGGGCAUCCUUUCUCGUGGCUUGUUACUCCCUCGUACUGGAGUUGAACAUCACGGGAUUGAAAGAACAGACAUUGGCAACCUGGGCAGUGGCAUCUACUUUUCUGAUUCCAUGAGCACCAGUUUGAAGUACUCCAGUCCCAGUGUGACGGAUGGUUCUCGGCUGCUGCUGGUAUGUGACGUGGCAUUGGGGCAGUGCAGGGACUUCCAGAAGAGAGAUCCCAGCCUGAGUCAGGCCCCUGAGGGAUACCACAGUGUCCACGGGGUCCGGCGCACCCAGACCACUCACUCUGAGUUUGAGGAUGACGAAUACGUGGUGUACAGUCCAGAUCAGGUGACGCUUAAGUAUGUGGUUCAGUUCAAUGUUGAGGAAGACACGCUGAAGGAGUUCAGUCCCCUUGUAGACACGUCCUCUGAGCUGCCUCAGCCUCACUCUGACCAAGUUCUUUCUUCAGAAGACAGUGGUAUUGAAAGUGGAAACCCACGAGACGAUGUGACAGCAGGACUUUUGGACAGUUCAGGUCAAUGCCUCCCUCUGCAGGCUGUUCAUGUGAAGUGCAAGCUGAUGGAUCUGCUCUCACAGGUUGUCAUCUUCCAGAAAUACACAAAUGAGAGCUCGGUGCCAAUUGAGGCAAAGUACGUAUUCCCUUUGGAUGAUUCUGCAGCUGUUUGUGGAUUUGAAGCUUUCAUCAAUGGGAAACAUGUGGUUGGACAGGUAAAAGAGAAAGAGCAGGCUCGCAAGGAGUACAGGCAAGCUGUAGAGAAAGGCCAUGGAGCCUACCUCAUGGACCAGGAUGCCCCUGAUGUGUUUACCAUCAGUGUGGGGAACCUGCCUCCCGGUGCGACUGUCCUAAUCAAAGUUACCUUUGUCUCUGAGCUGAUUGUUAGAGACGGUCAAAUUCUCUUCUCCUUGCCUGGGAGUGUGGCACCAUGGCAGCAGACCGCAGCACUCAACCAGACAACACAGGUCACUGUGAAGAAAGUGUGUGUGACUGACCUGGCAGCAAGUGUGGGGGAUUUCAGCCUGGAAAUGUCUGUCGAGAUGCCCAAUGAGAUUACUAGUCUGCACUGUAUUACUCACAAAACCAUGUUCAAGAAAACAGACUGUAAGGCGGUGGUGAGUGUUUUGCCAGGGGAGGUUAUGGGUCCAGAUGGCUUCCAGCUGUUGAUCACUUUGUCUCAGAUCCACCUUCCCAGAAUGUGGGUGGAGAAACACCCUGACAAAGACAGUCAGGCAUGCAUGUUGGUGUUCUACCCUGACUUUGACAUCAGCUCCACUUCCACUUCUGCAUCUGAUGAGGUCAUUCUAUUACUGGACACGUCUGAGUCAAUGAGAGGAGAAGCUCUCCAGAACGCCAGGAGAAUCGCCCUGCAGGUCCUUAAAACCCUGGACCGCAACCUCAGGCUCAAUGUCAUCUUCUUCGGCACAGACUAUAUCGAAGCAUUCCUGGCAGCUCAACCAUAUGUGGAAGCCCUCCAGCCAACCCAGAAAUUCAUUAUGUCCUCCCCACCAGGAGGGGGUAGCACAGAGCUGUGGCGCCCCCUGCGUGGCCUCAGCCUCCUACCUCCUUCAGGCGGCCUCCGGAACCUACUGCUGCUGUCAGAUGGCCACAUCCAAAACCCAUAUCUCACCCUGCAGCUGGUUAGAGACAACAUACAACAUAGCCGCCUCUUCACCUGCGGCCUCAGCCUGACAGCCAAUCGGCAUAUGUUAAGAGCUCUGGCACAGGCAGGGGGAGGAGCCUAUGAAUUUUUUGAUUCAAAAGCCAAACACACCUGGGCAGAAAAGGUGGCAUCUCAGGUGAAGCGCAUGACCUCUCCAGGAUGCAGCUCAGUGUCAGUGAAGUGGCAGCAGUUUAAUCCAACAGCGCCCCCUCCUGUUCAGGCACCCACACAGCUCCAUGCCCUCUUCAACAACUGUCACGCCCUGGUCUAUGGCUUCGUGCCACACUGCGCUCAGGCCAGUCUCCUUGGCAAGCUGGGUGGGCAGGAGAUCCAGACCAUGGUGUCCACCAGUGAGCUACAGAAAACAAGAGGCACUAUCCUUCACAAGCUCACAGCAAGGGCCAUCAUAAAAGAUUAUGAGGAUGGAAGUCUCAAUACCAAUGAAGCUGAACAUGAGGGUAUGAAAGCAGAGCUGAAGUCCUUCAUUGUUGAUUUGAGCAAGGAGUUCUCCAUCCUGUCCAAGUUCACCAGCUUUGUGGCCAUUGAGGAGAGGGAUCCUCAGCAACCAGAGCAGGGGUUCACAGACAUCUCCAAGUUAAUCAUGGAGGAAGCUGUGGACAUCCUCCCUUACAUUGGCUGGAUGGACGAAGAAGAGGAAGAGAAAAGACUGUAUUGUGGUCGUUGUGAUGACGAUAUUGAAGUGGAGAUGUCUUCCCUGCAGUCUUCUGUGGAGUCGUUACAACGGGGGAUGGGAAUUGCAGAGUCAUGUGCAAGAGACACCAUAACUGAUGACUUCAAAAGAUCCAUAGACCUGGAGGUUUUUGAUGGAAGAUCGAGUGUACAAACAGCUCUCGGACAGAGGGCAAAAGCAAUGGACACAGAAUCCCUAGAGGAUAUGUGCAGCCUCUCGGCAGAAACUGCUGUGCCAAUGUGGGAAUUAACGGAAAAGGUGCCUCAACAUACCUUGACUGAACUUCAGCGCUCUUUCCAAGGCCUCAAUGGUCCUCCUUACCAAUUUCCUGUUUAUUCAUUUCCCAUAAGCCCUUCUCAGUCUGUAUCUAUGCUUGAGCCCACUCUGGUGAACCCUGCUGGUCACAGUUUCCCACGUGCUCUUUCCUCUAUGUUUUCCAGCUCGGUCCCUCCUCCUCCCCCUAGUUCUUCUUCUACCUCCCCCCCUCCUCCUCUAAAUUCUUCCUCUUUCCCCCCUCCACCUUCUCCUCCUCUAGGUUUUUCCUGUGUCCCCCCGCUUCUUCCUCCUCCAAGCACUUUCUUUGUCCCUCCUCCUCCUACUCCACGUUCUUCCUCUGUCCCCAUUUCUCCUUCUCUGUCUCCACUUCUUCUACCUUGUUCUUCUUCUGCCCCACCACGUUUUCUUCGUGGUUCUUCCAUUGUUGCUCCUUCCCCUCUACCAGUUCCCAUUUCUCCCCCUUCCACUGCUUUACAUGCAGUUUGUGGCCGGAGGUCAUCCCAAAAGGUAACAAAAUCCCCUAUGAGGAUCGAACAUAAUAUGACCAGAGCCAAAUCAUGUGUGAAGACAACCAGAGACUUGGACAACCGUUUCUUAUGCCCCAUCAGUAGUCCCCAAGAUGCUGAGGCUCUUGUGGCCACAUACGUCACACAUCGUGGCCUUAACCUGGCUCCAGUUGCUUUACCAGAAGCUUCAUUUAGUGCAAUGGUUCGUAAAAUGGGUCCAAGUUUUAUGGCUGAAACUGCUGAAGCAGUGAGCAACACCAGCGACCUUGCUAUGUCUCCGAGAGCCUCACUCUCUGAUCCUGAGAAGAAAAGAACCAAGAGGACUUCUUUAUGCAUGCGCAAUAAACCAGAAAUGUUGGCCGUGAGGAAAGUGACUACACCAGCCACAGUAGAGCCCAUUCAGGAGGGAGAUUACAGUGGUCGUCCUGCACUGGUAUGUGGACUAGCACAAAUGUCAUUGCAGAAAAUGAAGAAGCGCCAUCGCUCAUCAGGUGCUCCCAAGGCUUUAAUCAGGCAAGAGAGAGUAAGAAUGGUGCCUGAUGAGGCACCCAUAAUGGAUCAUGAAGACCUGAAGCAGAAAUGGACCAAGAUCUUCCAAAUGCAGCACUCGGAGGGCUACUGGGAGUGUACUGCUGAGCUGGGAGAACUCCUGGGGGUAGAUGUAGACUCCUUUGCCAAUGUGUUCCUGAAAAACAAGGGCAUCUGCUCUCUAGGUGUGAAGGCCCAUGCAGACAUCCUGAGGCUGGUGGCCACUCUGCUGGUGCUGCAACAAAUGAGGGUGGAGGGGUUGGAGGAAGGCAAGCUUCUCCGAACCCUGUUCAGUCUAGACAGCCUUCCUGAGUCCAGGUCUGAACGGUGGCUCAGGGUAAAGAACGCAGUUGACUGGGUGAGCUGGGCUGACCAGCAGUACCCCUGCAUUUACAGCCGGCUGGAGUUUGGCCAGAACUGGGAGUCCUCUACACGGCAGCUCCUGGGUUAUGAUAACAUCCACCCGCUCAACACCCUCCAGGAUCUGGCUGCAUGGAGGACAGGGGCUGCCUAGUGAAGAGAAGUUGGGAAAUGAUCAAUUUUUUUGUGUCCUCUUAGGAUAUAUUAGGGGAAACUACUACACACACAGUUUUAAAAGAAAAGAGUUCAGGCAUGCAGAAACAAGCUUAAACACAACUUUUUUAGGGGGUUUUCUGGGAUGCAUCUCUUUCUCUCAGAAUCAUAAUUUUGUGUACAUUAAACUUUUAUUUGAAUCGAAAAAUUACAUUUUUUGUGUGGGGGGGGGGCGCUGGUGAGCACUGCAUGGCGUAGACGUGUUUUUCCAGCACUCGAAAUAAUUUGGUCACUUAAUAUUUAGUUUAAUUUGCCGGUUUUACAUGAUAAUUUCCUGUGAAUAAUAGCCUCUGGAUGACAAAACCCAAAGCCAAAAGGGGAAAGAAGCAGGAAAAAGCCCCAAAUGAGACUGAUGGUUAACUGCUUUCGGAGCUACCUGAGCAGGCCACGGCAGCCUCGUAGUCAGGUAACAAGCCUGAUGCAGAGUCCACAAACAUCCUCUCUGCAAUACGAUGUAUGAGCAAGACGAUAACUGACUGAUUUGACAGUUUAGAGGCAUCUCUGGCAUCAAACCAGGCAUCUUUGGUGAGUCUUGAUAACGGAAUAAAAGAGGUGGAAAAUACUAGCUCUGACUAUGACCGCUGCCUCUCGCUUGUUGAGCAGACGUGCAUGAAAAUGCAGUCAGAGAAUGAUGCACUUUGCAUGAAAGUGAUUGACCUUGAGGCUCGCUCCAGACGGCAGAAUAUAAAAUCAUUGGCCUUCCUGAGAGGAGAUCAAGAAUGGACAUCCGACAGAGUUCUUGACAAGGUUUAUCCCCGAGAUGCUGGGCACUGGCAAUUUCUCCAAGCCGCCGGAAGUGGAUCGUGAACAUCAUCUGGGAAGGCAGUUCCCUGAAGAGGCCGCGCAUAACGAUAGCACGGAUUCAUCAUUUCCAAACAAAGAAAAUAUUACAACUGGCCAACAGUUUCCUUUGUGCUACAAAGGCAAAGCGAUUCACUUCUUUCCAGACUACCUGGCGGAGGCAAUUAAGCAACACCAGGCUUUUAAUGAUGUCUGAAAGUGACUCCAGGAGGCUGGCGUGAGGAACGGUUUCAUCUACCCAGCAUGGCUGCAUGUCACCGAUUGCACCACUGACAAGGUGUUUUCUUUUCCGUAGGAUGCAGAGGCUUUUGCAGGGACUUUGGCUUGAACAGUAAUCACCCAUUCACCGACAUGGCAUAUUUUGAAAUCAGUCAAACCAGGACAUUUUCAUGACCUUUUCUUUUUUUUUGUCCAUAUUAUUGGCGAGGGAGCAGAGGGGACCUUACAUCAACUUAACUGCCAUUUAGUCAUCCAGAUAUGGUCUGACAACUAACUCCUAAGUGAGUAUGAGGGGCUUUCGCUCUCACUUUGUUUAGGAAAGUAGGACAGGGGGAGGGGGGUAAUGUUCUUAUUGUUCUUUCUUUUGUUUCACGUUAAAUAAAUAUUAUAAGGCUGAUAGGCCACUCACUUCAGAUUGGUUAAAAAGCAUUCCAACUUUUACAGAUAAUUAUUUUACGUAAAAAGCAAAUAAGGUAUUGGUUCCAUUUGAAGUGUCCUGUUUAAUUUUUGGUAAACAUGGUAGGGUGGAGGUGUGGCCUACUGAUAGUAAAUACACUUUGCUAUGCAUGGUGACAGGAGGGUGGGUGGGUGGAAGGUAUUCUUUUUCCUAAUAACAGGAACACCUCAGCCUCAUGUACCAAUUCAUCAUUCGCACCAUAGGUGCCAGCUCUGUUUAGCACCCACACUUCACCUUCAUCUCCAAAACACUAAAUAAAUAAUAUCUAUGGGGGGGGGGGGGUUUACAGGGAUAAUACAUUCACCAGUAAGCCCGUCUUUCUGCUUAAAAUUCCAAGUUAUACUCAACAUUCUCGGGGGAAAAUGCAGUCAGACUCCGUCUUUACUCUUAACUUCUUUUCCGAUAACCAGACGUCAAUUCAAUUCCUUGAAGGCUGACAUCACCUAUUAUAACUUUGCAUCACUGCUUGUCAGCUGUGUGCUCUUUAUCAGACUACUGUUGCGUACCAGUUUUGGAGGGAGAUGAUGGACAUGGAUUUUAAAUGUAGAACUUUUUUCACUUCAUAUUGCAUGAUAUUUUUGGUUUUAUUUAGUCCUAAAGUAGCAAAUGUGUCAUUUCAGUAUCUAUACAUUGAAUGAAUCACACACUUCUGGAAUUUGUCUAGGCCCCGUUUGCUUUUUGUGCCCAUUGCCAUCAGCAUUCCCCACACUUAGGACGGAGCUGACUGUGCUCCUUGUUACAGUCAUGCCAAUCAGUGACAGUCAGUGGAUUACAACAUCAAUUGCGGCCUCUGAACUUUUUGAUAUGGGAUUUCAACAUGAUUCAUUUAAACUUUUUAAUUAUCUGAUGCCAGAGUAAAUAUAAACCAAGUGUAGUAAAAGAGAUGUUUUAUUGUAAAAACAAAUCAUUUUUGCUUGAAAAAAGGUCUGUUAGCAUCAGGCAUUUGGCUUUGUGUAGUGUUUCAUUUCUCAACUGAGUAAUCUCAUGGAUGGUGGAUAAUAUAACGUAAGGCUCUCACUUCCUACAGAAACAAAUGUGGUUUUGUAUCUGUCACACUGUGGUCUGAUCCAUACCAAUGUUGUCUGUAAGAUUCAGGAUCUAUUUGUGUAUUUAACCUGUUUAAUUAAAUUUACAUUUUUCAAAACAAC